CAUGCUGGGAAAUGUAGUCGCCAACCGCGUCAAAAAUGGUGGACUUUCAGCCUCCGCCUUUCCGAUCCUUGGAUGAUUUUUUCUUAGGUUCUGCUCGGUUUUCAGCGCCUGAUAUCCGUAACCUGGAGCGCUGGAAUAACCGGAUCAUAAACAACUUGCUGUAUUACCAGUCAAACUAUUUCGCCUUUGUCGUGGCUUUUCUUAUUAUAGUCGGGUAUUUUCAACCAUUCCAGCUGAUUCUCGGGGCGACAGUUGUGAUCCUUUUGUUUUUGGGGUUUGUCUGGGCUGCGGAAAACAAGUCUGUUGUUCGAAGAUUUCGGAGGAAUCAUCCAUCACUCUGCUCUGCUGCGAUCCUGGGCUCCAGCUACCUUCUUCUGUCUGUCUUAGGAGGGGUGGCCGUGUUUCUUUUUGGCAUAGCCUUCCCAAUAUUAGUGGUUCUUAUUCAUGCUUCAGUAAGACUCAGAAGUCUUAAAAAUAAACUGGAGAACAAGCUGGAGAGUAUAGGACUGAAGAGGACUCCUAUGGGCCUGUUACUGGAAGCUCUGGGACAGGAACAAGAAGCCGGAUCAUAGCUAUUAAGCACCUGUACUAAGAUUCGUUUCUUCUUUCCUGGGCACUUAUUUUCUUUAUGCAUAUUUUCAAAAAUACACAUACGAGUGAUAUUGGCAAGAUAUGUAUGUCAUAGUAUUAAAAGUCUCUCAGGUAUGCAAGAUGAACCCAGUGAAAAUAACUUUUUAUAUGAAGAAUUGGCGUGGAGAGUGAUUUAAAGCAAACAGGUUACCGGCUCAAGUGUUAAUGAUUACUUGUUGGUACUCAAGUUGCUUAAGAAGGACUAAAAUGUCUUACUAUAUACAAUACAAGGUGUCUUAAACAAAAUAUAGAAAAGUAAUGCCUUUUAAACAUGGCAUUAAAUGGAGUUAUUAUGCCAAGUCAUAAUUAGAGGUUUCUCGGAUAAAGCAAUGCCAACACUGAAGUUAUUUUAUCCUUAAUCCUUAAUUUUUGUAAAGGAAAUAUUUCUGAAGAGAUGAAGAUUUAGAGAAAAAAGGAAAUUAUUUCCAUUUAUUUCCAUAAAUUAUUACGGCCGUUGUUAUUGUGCAUUAGGUGACCGAUCAGAACGAUUUGUUUUAAAUUUUAUCUUAUUUUGUUUGUAAUGAAGUUAUGCCUUGUUUGGUUGCUCUCACAAAUUGCCAAGGUGACUUCUCUGUUAUAGCAACCCUUUUGAAUGAAGACCAAGAUUAUUUAUUCUUCAUGUUCUCAUGAAGUACAUUGUCUUCACUGACAUUGCAAGAGGAAAAUGUCUUAUUUCCACAGACAGGAGAGAUGCAAUAUAUAUAUAUAUAUAUAUAUAUAUAUAUAUAUAUAUAUAUAUAUAUAAUCAUUGAUGUAAAUGAUCUAAGAUAUUGAGAUGUAGUAGACCAUAAUGUGGUGCAUUAGCAUUCCUAAGAGAUGUAACUCUACAGCCUUUUUUUAUUUCUUUUACAUUGACAGCCUUUAAAGGACAUUAAACAUACUCUGUUUUCAUUCCUUCAUACCUAAGACAAUGAAUACACAAAAUCGAGUAACUUGAAUGUUAAAUGUCAUAUUUAUGUAUACUUUAUGUAUGCAUAACAAAUACUUUAUAUUACUCUAUGUCCUCCAUCUUAUUUAUGUUUAUGCUUUUAUGUCAUUAUUUUUAUGUCAUUAUUUUUAAUUCACGCAUGCAUGCCACAUUUAAUGUUUACAACAUCAUUUGCCUUGUAUUUUCAGUAAAUGUUCAUCCAUUGCCGUGAUGAUAAUAAAUACACUUGC